CUGGUGUCGGGGAUAGUGCCUAGUUUAGCACUUUGCAACAUGAUCCACGGAGAGGCCGGGCUCUGCGGCGCUGCAUCCUGCCACACCGCGCCACAUGGAGACCGGAUAGAGGCUCGGUGAACGGGGAAUGACAAGGAAAGAAGGUGGACCGUCUUCCUCUGUGGGCUGCCUAUAUGAACAGCAUCCUGACAAAGCAGAGGCAGACAGAGAGAUGAGGCUGACGGGAAGCGCUGAUUGCGGUCUGCGUCAAAGCUCCUUCAGCAGAUGAUGAUGCCCUCUGUGCCUCCGAAGGGACUUUUCGGGUUUGUUGUUUGCCUGUGAACACCCCUCAUGCGGCAGGGGUCCGUGGUGGUAACUCGGGGUGUCAGCGUCCAGCAGGGACCGUCAUGGUCAGCCCGUCUCCAGUAGCGCAGCCACGCUCAGCAUCUGCAGUGUGAUCAGAGGGACGGAGAGGGGAUAUGCAGAGAUAAAGAGAGAGAGAGAGAGAGAGGGAGAGAAAAACUCACAACAGGUUUUAUUUUCAGAUCCUUUCCAGACACAGCCAUAGCCGGAUCCUCGGCUUUCCUUGUUUACCACCAUGAACUCGCUGUUUUUCUCCGACACUCCGCCCGGUCCGGUCUGCAACGUCCCCACCGGCUCGGGCGCGGUGACCAGCGCCCUGCGAAACGACCUGGGCUCCAACAUCCAUGUGCUCAAAACCCUCAACCUGCGCUUCCGCUGCUUCCUAGCCAAAGUCCACGAGCUGGAGAGGAGGAACAAGCUGUUGGAGGGCCAGCUGCAGCAGGCUCUGCAGAGGACGCAGUACCGCCACCUUUACGCCCGGGAGGUCGCCGUGCAGACGGACGGUCCCGAGUCGAGGCUGCCGGGCACCAUCUGGAGCUUCACCCACGUCCGGAGGCAGGGGGAGCGCUUCGAGACCGUGCACGGGCCCGGGGUGACGUGGACGCACCCGGACGGAGUCGGGGUCCAGAUAGACACCAUCACCCCUGAAGUGAGGGCUCUGUACAACGUGCUGGCCAAAGUCAAGCGGGAGCGGGACGAGUACAAGAGGAGAUGGGAGGAGGAGCUGUCCAAGCGGCAGCAGCUGGAGUCCACGGUGGAAUCCCUGCAGCAGAGCGCCCGGGAGUCAUCGGAGGUCCAGGACGAGCUGAGCGAGAAGGUGGACAGACUGAAGGCCGAGCUCGUCGUCUUCAAGAGCCUGAUGAGUGAUCAAAUGUCUGACCUGGACACGAAGAUUCAGGAGAAAGCCAGGCGGGUGGACAUGGACAUCUGCAGGCGCAUCGACAUCACGGCCAAACUGUGCGAUGUGGCUCAGCAACGCAACUCGGAGGACAUGUCAAAGAUGUUCAACGUCAGUCCCGUCAGGUCGCUCCCAGAGAAGCAGGGUGCCGUGGCCUGCUGCAGGAGGAAAGAGCGCAAAGUGGUGUCUGACGAGGAGAGCUCGGAGAUGGACGCCGAGCCCAGCCCCACAGAGGAGGAGGUCCCCGGGUCGCUCAACAUCACAGACGAGAUGAAACGCAUGCUCAACCAGCUGCGCGAGACGUUUGAAAUCGACGACGACUGCGACAGUCUGACUUGGGAGGAGAACGAGGAGACUCUGCUGCUGUGGGAGGACUUCACCAACUACAACUUGCCCUGCGCCAUCGCUGCGGCUACCUGCACAAGCGCCUGCCCCUGCGACGGCACCGUGGUGGAAGCUGCUGAUCCGGACUCCCAGGAUGGAAGUCUUGGCAGCCUCAUUGAUGAAACAGAGUCACUAUUUAAGACCAGAGAGCAGGAGUACCAGGAGACCAUCGGCCAGAUUGAGAUGGAACUGGCCACAGCUAAGAGCGACAUGAACCGACACCUGCACGAGUACAUGGAGAUGUGCAGCAUGAAGAGGGGCCUGGACGUGCAGAUGGAAACCUGCCGGCGGAUGAUCAAAGGUGGCAGGAACUCUCCUUCUGUCAGCUCUGUGGCCAGCAGUGACUCAGGGAACACAGACGAGAUCCAGGACGAGAUCUUGGACAAGGACCCAGAGGCCGAAGUCUCUGUUAGUUGAUGGCUGCAGUGCCGGGCUUCGUCCCAGCUCCUCCCGUCUACCCCUGGUCGUCACAGGGUUUACAACCCAACACAGAGGUGGACCACCUUCAAUCUGGGCCUGUUUGACCCGUCAAAGUUCUGAUGGUCGUGCUCACUGAUCCAGACCCAGAACUGGUGCUUUUAUACGGUUUCUGUUGUUUAGAAAAUGGUGUCGGGGUGUCUUUGCUUCGAAAAGAGAAACGAACCCGAGCUGUGCUCUCGUCCUCGCUGGAUCCUCGUCCAGAGCUUCACAUCAUUUUGGGGAAAUAAAAAGAGAAAUAUUUUAAACGGGAUGAGGAGAGUUUUCUACCCUAUAAGAUCCUUUUUUUCUAAAGGAAUUGAAUACAGUACAUAUUGUGCUCCUUGUCUGGUGAACCACAGACACACCAGAAACAGACCACGCCCAUCUUUUAAAUUUUUAAUAUUUAUUUCAGAUUGCAGGAGUCGGCUCCUCGUGAUUGGAUUUCGGUCUUGUUUUUGUAUUGUUUAGUCCAGGUGGGGUAUUAGCAAUCCAAAUUAAACGGUGGGGGGAUGAAGUGUCUCCUGCUGAGGAGACAAAACAAGAGGAGACGGAUGGUGUUGGAGAUCUGGUGGUUUCUGAGGGAACUGGGCCGGGCUGCCAAAGCUGUCAGAGGAUCGGAGCACAGCCUUUUGAUGCAUCAGUGCACUACUGAAGUUCUAUGCAAUCCAGCUGGCCUUACUUUGGACUGGCUUCCACCCUUCCUCAUGUCUCCUAGAACCAUUAGCCUUCUAAGCAAAGCAGGACUUUUCUAUAUAUCAGUUUAAGAAACUCUGGUUCGGGUGUGAAAUAAACUUUGUACGGGGCAUUUGGGUUGUUUUUGUUUUCAUGAGCAUCCACAGUAAAAACUGGAACAGCGCCCCCUAGCAUCUUCAUUUAUGGCAAUAACCAUGAGCCAGAUAAUGCUGCUGAAGCAACCAGUGCGUUACUUUACUGGGAAACAUCCUCGUGUGCAGUUUAGUUGUGCACAGCAAGACACAUCAUCUAAAAAUAAAGUUCUACAGAACCUGAAUCAAACGUUAUCGAAGCCAAACAGCCCUCCAACAUUUCAAGCAAAACCAAAGGACUCAUUUCAAAAGGUUCUGUUUCACAUUAACCUUCACAUGAGCUUAUUUCUAUUCGUUUUACUUUAAGGAGGUGAUUUCUUUGUGCUGGUUCAGGACCAGUUCCUGCUGCAGGGACUCUGCUCCGGGCUGCACUUCAGGCUGUACAUAGAGGGCUGUAGGCAUGUCAGCGUAUACCCCAGAGGCCUUUUCUUUCUUUAUAAUUGUGUCUUUGCGACAGAUUGAGAUGUCUCACGAUGCCGCUGCUGUUCAGUGCUUCCACUGGAUCAGAACCUGACGGACGCAUGGGGACAGACGUGAUCUUUUUAUCACCUCUUUGUAUUAUAAUGUAUGGAUCAAAGAGCAAAGUGCUGCUUCUGUCUGGAAGCUUUACAAGCAGAAUGUCAAAACGCAGCCUUUCUGUAGUUUCAGCAUGCUGGUGGGAGGACGGAGCUUUUUUUAUAUAACACUAUAUUUUGAACUAAAUGCAGACUGCGCUACGUUUUUAAUCCAACACUGUCUAUCUAAUCAUUAACUGUAUUUGUGGCAGAAAGUGUAUUUUUCACUGUUUUUAAUCAUUCUGUGUUAACCAAAAAAACUGUGUCAACUGUGUUCUGGUCGCCAUCGUCAGCUUUUUAUUCAUUUGGAGGAUUGUUUUGGUGGUUUGUUGCAGAUCACCGUAACACAGACUGAUGUCAGAGGAAAAGCUUCACUCACAGAGAACAUGUCAGACUUUAUCUCUGCGUUGAUAUAAACCAGCCUGAUAAGUGACAAAGAGCCAUCCUGCUAUCGGUACUGUACGCUAACAUCAAACACUACUGACUGGUUGGAACCCAGGAACCCUCGCUGGUGUUUAAGGAAGAGCAUCGCCUCAAAACCUGCAGUUACAUCCAAACUACAUGAGUGUCUGACUGUCCGUCUGACAGACUGCAUCCAGAUAAGCGUGAACGUGUUGGAGACAACACUGAACUGCAUCAGCUGAUACCUGAAGCGAUAAAGAGCUGCUGUCGUCCCUCUUCAGGGUGGCGUCUGCUCAACUUUUCAUUUUGAUUUAAAAUGAUGAACUGAAGCAACUUGAAGGCUUCCGGCAACAUUUCAGCCAUAAAUGUGUUCAUGAGAACAACCUGAAGGGUGCAGACGCUCAUUCUGCAGUAUGCUGAAGCCUCUCAAGCUUCAGUGAGCGCCUCCCCGUCAUGUAUUAAAUAUCUUUAUUAGACUGUAUUUGUGAUGCUCGUCAUCAACGCGUCACAAUAAACGGGUUAGAAAUGUGAGAGCUGAGGCGAUGCCCUUUGUUUGAACACCAGCGUAACACAUAACCAACAACACAAACUGAUUACAUCAAACAGGAACGAGGGACAGUCUCAGAACCAAUACUUUUGUCUUUGUGUUGAUAUGAAACCAGCCCGUUCAGUGACAAAGAGCCAUCCUUUACUAGUACUGUAGCGACAUCGUCAGACUUCAUUUGUUCAUUAAAUGGCUGCACCAUCCGGGAGCAGCAGGUCCAACAGCUAGCCAUCCCACUAACCAGCCAACCAAAGCAGACGUGUACAGGAACGUGACAAAGAUGUAACUCGAGCUUUGAGCCCUACUAACUCUGGACCUCCCAGUGUCUGACCCAGUGUCUGACCCAGUACUGUUUACCAUUAUCUCCUGUAUGAUCUCCAGUCCCAUCACGUGAAGCAGGCUCCAGUUCUAUCAGCUUCAUGCUGUAGCAUCCCUCCUUGUUGAAUGUAGCUUGAUGGGAGGAAUCCUCUGAAGACCUUGAGUCCACCUGUAGCUAAACCAGGGAUACAUGGCGUGCUGUCACUGAGACGUGGUGUGUUCUGCUUUACCUGAUCAACAGUCUGUGACCUACAUGUAUGCAGCUAGGUCCUGGUGGAUGUGAAUGUUUCGUACUGCAAAGGGUUUUAUACGAGCGGUUUUUAUCCGUGGGGCGCUGGGGUUAUGUGGUUAUGGCGUUACUGGUUUUACAUGUUCACUGGCGUCAUUCUUACUUUAAUUUCCUGAACACGACGGGAGACCAGAGGCGCAGCAACACCAGUGGCCAGACGUGUUCUGCUGAACUGAGUUGGUCUUUGUGUUGGUUUUUCUGUUUUAUUUAAUUGCUUUUCUCUAUUUAGGGUUUUGUUGAUGAGAUGUAUUCAUGUGGGUCAAGAUUCAGUUUUAAAAUUAUGAAUGUACUCAAUCGAUUCUGGGAUAAAAUGAAAUAAAAUGGUGGAUUGGAUCAAAA